AUGAAGUUCUCCACGUCCGCUGCCCUGGCGUUCGCCACCUUGGCCCUUGCCGCCCCGUCGCCCACGACCAAGCAGAAGCCCCGCCAAGCUGGCGGUGCCUGCGCGUCGGCCGUCACGCUCGAUGCUUCGACCAACGUCUUCAAGGAGUACACCCUGCACCCCAACAGCUUCUACCGCGCCGAGGUCGAGGCCGCCGUUGAGCAGAUCACGGACUCCAGCCUCGCGGCCAAGGCCGCCAAGGUUGCUGAUGUCGGUACCUUCUUGUGGCUCGACACCAUCGAGAACAUCGGCAAGCUCGAGCCCGCCCUCGAGGACGUUCCCUGCGAGAACAUCCUCGGUCUCGUCAUCUACGAUCUCCCGGGCCGUGACUGCGCCGCUAAGGCCUCCAACGGUGAGCUGAAGGUUGGCGAGAUCGAGAAGUACAAGACCGAGUACAUCGACAAGAUCGUCACGAUCCUCAAGGCCAACCCCAACACGGCUUUCGCGCUCGUCAUCGAGCCCGACUCGCUCCCCAACCUGGUCACCAACAUCGACCUCACCACCUGCCAGGAGAGCGCUGACGGGUACCACGAGGGUGUCGCGUACGCUCUCAAGUCGCUCAACCUCCCCAACGUCGUCAUGUACCUCGAUGCCGGCCACGGUGGCUGGCUCGGCUGGGACGCCAACCUCAAGCCCGGUGCUGAGGAGCUCGCCAAGGCCUACAAGAACGCCGGCUCGCCCUCGCAGUUCCGUGGUAUCGCCACCAACGUGGCUGGCUGGAACCAAUGGGACCUGUCCCCCGGCGAGUUCUCCGACACCUCGGACGCCAAGUACAACUCGUGCCAGAACGAGAAGACCUACAUCACCACCUUUGGCGCCGCGCUCAAGACGGCCGGCAUGCCCAACCACGCCAUCAUCGACACGGGCCGCAACGGUGUCUCGGGCCUCCGCGAGGAGUGGGGCAACUGGUGCAACGUCAAGGGCGCCGGCUUCGGCAUCCGCCCCACGGCCGACACGGGCGCCGACCUCGCCGACGCCUUCGUGUGGGUCAAGCCCGGCGGCGAGUCCGACGGCACCAGCGACACCUCGGCCGUCCGCUACGACAGCUUCUGCGGCAAGCCCGACGCCUACAACCCCAGCCCCGAGGCCGGCCAGUGGAACCAGGCCUACUUCGAGGACCUCGUCAAGAACGCCAAGCCGGCGUUCUAA